GGCUCUACCGAGUGUUGCUUUAAGUGCGUGUGGGGAGUUUUCCUGCACGGGGGCGAGAGGAGGGGUUGGAGAGUGACGCUGGCUGCGCCUUGGUGCCGAGCGGAGCGCUCACCUGCGGAUGAGAGAGCCGGGGAAACUCGGGGCAGAGCUGCAGCACAACGCACGGAGCACCGACAGGGGGACGUUACAGGAGAGACUGACCGAGGAGAGAGCAGGGGGGAAUACCAGCAGCAGCAGCAGCAGCAGCACCGGAGGAGAAGAAUUUACGAACCGACCCCUCUUUUCUUUUUUCUUCUGGCUCCCCGUCCAGCACGCAGCCCCCUGACGCGCGUACACCCGCCACCAUGAGAGCUGACUUCGCUCUGGUCCUGACAGCGGCGCUUCUCCUGGACACGUUCGGGAGGAGUAAUGCGGAGCGUGCUCUCAGAGGUCCCUGCCGACCUGGCUUCUCUCAGAGCUUCUACUCGGUGCUGAUUUCAAGGGAUGUACUGCAAGGCCAGGGCAUACUCAAAGAUGCCGCAGUUUCACCGCAGAAAGUGAAGUUUGACGACUGCACGGGGAAUGAAGCUGUGGUUUUUCGGAGCAGUGACCCCAUCUUCAGCGUGCGGACAGAUGGGUCCAUCUACGCCCGGGGAGCGGGGGCCAGCCUAGAUGAACCGGUCCAGUUUAAACUGACAGCCAGUGGUCCGCAGGCGCACGUCUGGGAGACUGUGGUCCAACUGGCGCUGAUUGACCCGCCGCCACCGUCCCCUCCACAAAAUGAGAAUGAGGUCACAAAGCAAGAUGGAGAGGACGCCGAGAGAAAGGAGAAGAACGGCGCGUUCCAGGUCCCGCCUCCUGUCAUCAUGUUCUCGGCGACUGGCCGGAACGGCUCCAAGGGUCUGCGGCGGCAGAAGAGGGACUGGGUGAUCCCGCCAAUCAACGUGGCGGAGAACUCUCGAGGACCGUUCCCUCAGAUGCUCGUCAGCAUUCGCUCCGACCAGGACCAGGACAUCUCGAUCCGAUACAGCAUCACUGGGGUGGGAGCGGAUCAACCGCCCAAUGAGGUGUUCAGCAUCGACCCCGUGGUCGGGAAGAUGUUCGUCACCAAACCUCUAGAUCGAGAACAUCGCUCGUCUUACCACUUGCGUGCCCACGCUGUGGACAUGAAUGGGAACCAGGUGGAGAACCCCAUCGAUCUGUACAUCUUCGUCAUCGACAUGAACGACAACAGACCUGAGUUUAAAAACCAGGUCUACAAUGGCUCCGUGGACGAAGGCUCGAAACCAGGAACAUAUGUGAUGCACCUGGCGGCGUUCGAUGCGGACGACAACACCACGGCUAACGGGAUGGUGCGCUAUCGGAUCCUGUCCCAGACGCCCCACAGCCCCAUUCCCAACAUGUUCACCAUCAACAGCGAGACGGGGGACAUCGUGACGGUGGCGCCUGGUCUUGAUCGAGAGAAAGUGUCCCAGUACACCAUCAUCGUGCAGGCCACGGACAUGGAGGGCAACCUGAACUUCGGCCUCUCCAACACGGCCACCGCCAUCAUCACGGUCACCGACAUCAACGACAACCCGCCCAUGUUGACCUCCAGGACUUUCUCCGGUGAGGUCCCGGAGAAUCGAGUGGACGUGGUGGUGGCUAACCUGACGGUGAUCGACGCCGACCAGCCACACUCGCCAAACUGGAACGCCAUUUACCGAAUCAUGAGCGGCGACCCGUCCGGGCACUUCACUAUCCGCACUGACCCCGUCACCAACGACGGCAUGGUCACUGUGGUUAAGCCUGUGGACUUUGAGAUGAACCGGGCCUUCAUGCUGACCGUGGUGGUGUCCAACCAGGCCCACCUGGCCAACGGCAUUCAGUCCUCGCUCCAGUCCACCGCUGGGGUCACCAUAUCUGUCCAGGAUGUCAACGAACCCCCUUAUUUCCCCACAAACCCCAAACCCAUCCGCUUCGAGGAGGGCGUCCCCGCGGGCACCAGCCUGACGACCUUCUCAGCCUCAGAUCCCGACCGGCUACAGAUGCAGCAGAUAAUCAGGUAUUCGAAGCUGAAUGACCCGGCGGACUGGUUGUCCAUCAACAGAACCAAUGGUCAGAUAGUAACCACGGCGAUGCUGGACCGGGAGUCCAUCUACGUCAAGAACAACGUGUACGAGGCCACGUUCCUGGCAACAGAUAAUGGCUCGCCUGCAGCCAGUGGCACGGGCACGUUGCAGAUCUACCUGAUAGAUAUUAAUGACAACCCUCCAGCGCUCCUGCCCAGGGAGUCUCAGAUCUGCGAGAGGAUGAACAGGAACGUCAAAGGUGUCAACAUCACUGCCGCUGACGCCGACACUGACCCCAACGCCGGACCCUUUGUCUUUGAGCUGCCCAACUUCCCCAGCAGCAUCCGACGCAACUGGACAAUUUCCCGGAUCAGUGGCAACUACGCCCGUCUGGGUCUGCGGUACAAUAUCUAUUUAGAGCCCGGGGUGUACGAGGUCCCUGUGAUCGUGUCGGACUCGGGGAACCCUCCACUGUCCAACAGGUCGCUCAUCAAAGUGAAGGUGUGUCCCUGCGAUGAAAACGGAGACUGCACCACACUCGGCGCCGUGGCAGCCGCUGGCCUGGGAACCGGCGCCAUCAUCUCCAUCCUGAUCUGCAUCAUCAUACUGCUCACCAUGGUGCUGUUGUUCGUGAUGUGGAUCAAGCGCCGAGAGAAGGAGAGGCAGACGAAGCAGCUGCUGAUUGACCCUGAAGACGACGUCAGGGACAACAUCCUCAAAUACGACGAGGAGGGAGGAGGAGAGGAGGACCAGGACUAUGACCUGAGCCAGCUGCAGCAGCCCGACUCCUUGGAGCACAUCAUCAGCAAGCCGCCCGGUGUCCGCAGGGUGGACGAGCGUCCCAUAAUCCCCGAGUCCCAGUAUCCAAUUAGACCUGUCGUGCCCCAUCCUGGAGACAUCGGGGACUUCAUCCACGAGGGUCUGCGAGCAGCAGACAACGACCCCACCGCCCCCCCCUACGACUCCCUGCUGGUGUUCGACUACGAGGGCAGCGGCUCCACCGCCGGCUCCGUCAGCUCGCUCAACUCCUCCAGCACGGGGGACCAGGACUAUGACUACCUCAACGACUGGGGCCCGCGCUUCAAGAAGCUGGCCGACAUGUACGGCGGCGGGGACGAAGAUUAAACCGGCCCCGGGGUCACACAGGCGCACGCAUACACGCACACACACACACACGCUCGUCCCGUCAGCUGGCCUGCCACACCCUGUCCCUCUCACACAAGGGGCUACAACACCCUUAUUGGUAACAAAUGACUUGCUCACACUGACCAACCAACCAAUCGAAAUUACCCACCAACAGAGGACCGGCCCCCGUGAGUCGGUUUCUCUUCUCAGCCGCCACCCGCUCGAAAGUCUUAGACUGAAACCGAAGCUCUGAAUCGCAGGCUUCUAGAGUUUGUCUCCGUGAACUCUCGCGUUUCAGUUUAGGUUUGAUGCCGGAUGUCGGUUUCAGUAACUUCUUUGUCUGGUUUUUGUUUUUCCUUUUGGUUCCUGCAGCUUUUUUUUCUUUUUCUGUCCUCACUCCCUUUUGAUUCAAGUCGAUUCCUGAGGGUUUUCACUUUUCCCUUCGCUGUCGGCCCCCCUGCCUGCCUCUCUCUGCAGAAGCUUUAGGUUCAGCCCCUUGCUUUGUCUGAGAGGAACAAAAGGAAGAGAGAAAAAAAGAUGAAGAAGAAGAAGAAGAAGAUGAAGAAGAAGAAGAAGAAGAAGAAGAAGAAGAAGAAGAAGAACGUGGAUGUGACAGUCCUUCCUGCGCGGAGGGCCCUGGUUUAUUCUUUCUUGAACUUGAAUUACUUAGAACAGAAGCACUGUUGUUUAAAAAGUGCCUUCAGUGGUGCGUAUUUUAUCAGACUCCCGCUAACUCAGGAUUGGUUGCCAUUUCUGGGCUCACAUGCCCCUAUACGACCCCUGACCCUUUAACUCCGCCCCUUUUCCCUCGACUGUCCUGUCGUCCUGCAGCGCUGUGGC